GUUGUUUGCAUUUAAUUUUAGGGAGUGCUGAUGGUUGGUCCUCCAGGGACUGGUAAAACCAUGCUUGCUAAGGCUGUUGCUACAGAAUGCGGGACAACCUUUUUCAACGUCUCUUCCUCUACUCUGACUUCUAAGUACCGAGGUGAAUCUGAAAAGUUAGUCCGCUUGUUAUUUGAAAUGGCUAGAUUUUAUGCACCAACUACCAUUUUCAUGGAUGAAAUAGACUCUAUCUUCAGCCGCAGAGGCACCUCUGAGGAACAUGAAGCAAGCCGCAGAGUCAAGUCUGAGCUUCUUGUUCAGAUGGAUGGUAAGCAGU